AUGUCGAGUUUAGAGGAGCCGCUUGGUCUCGACAAGCUGCCAUGCUUGAGCAAUAUGGAUCGGCUGUAUGGGUUCUCAUCCAGUGCGUGCAGGCCUAUCAGAGAGGACAUGGGGAUGGGCAACUGCUGGAUCGAAGGAAGAAGUUGCAGCUCAUCUAAUAGCUGCGAGGAAGAUUUUGAGGAGUACGCGCAAGAGGCUAUUGCAUGGGGAAGACAAAACAAAAUCUCAUUGCAAAGGACUUCAAGCCUCGGUAGGAGUAGUUCUGUGGCCUGUGGAAACAUGAGCAAUUUCCGUUAUUUGUCCGGUUAUAAUCAAUCAUACUGUUCGGACUGUAAUGGCAGUUACAAGGGAGAAUCAAAAUUCAAGCUUUUUAAAGACAUGCCGAGAUUUGUGAAGAUAGUUGAGGUUGGCCCGAGAGAUGGGCUACAAAAUGAGAAGACCAUUGUGCCAACAUCAAUCAAAGUCAAUUUGAUCCGCAAAUUAGUUUCGUCAGGGUUGUCUGUUGUUGAGGCCACCAGUUUUGUUUCACCAAAGUGGGUACCUCAGCUGGCGGAUGCAAAGGAUGUGAUGGAUGCAGUUAAGAACUUGGGAGGUGUUCGAUUGCCUGUACUGACACCUAAUCUUAAGGGUUUCGAAGCUGCUGUUGCAGCUGGUGCAAAAGAAGUAGCUGUUUUUGCAUCAGCUUCCGAGUCCUUUUCAAAGUCAAAUAUUAACUGCAGCAUUGAAGAGAGCUUAGCUCGAUAUCGGUCCGUAAUUUCUGCUGCCAAAAAACUCUCGAUUCCCGUGCGUGGGUAUGUGUCUUGUGUGGUCGGCUGCCCGGUCGAAGGAUAUAUCACCCCUUCGAAAGUUGCUUAUGUGGCAAGGGAGCUUCAUAACAUGGGCUGUUUCGAGAUUUCACUCGGAGACACAAUUGGAGUUGCUACACCUGGUAGUGUUCUCCCUAUGCUUGAAGCAGUAAUGGCAGUUGUCCCGAUUGAGAAACUUGCCGUUCAUUUCCAUGAUACUUACGGCCAAUCCCUUCCUAAUAUCCUUUUGUCCCUCCAAAUGGGAAUUAGCACGGUUGACUCGUCAGUUUCGGGUCUUGGAGGUUGUCCGUAUGCCAAAGGGGCUUCAGGUAAUGUUGCGACUGAGGAUGUCGUGUACAUGCUCAAUGGCCUUGGAGUGAAGACCAAUGUUGACAUGGACAAGCUGUUGUUGGCCGGAGAGUAUAUCAACGGGUAUUUGGGCCGCCAGUCGAGCUCCAAGACGGCUGUUGCAUUGGGCCGCCUGCCGAAAAAUCUUAAUGCGUCUGAUUAG